GCACGGCGCGUCUUGAGCAACUGCGACUUCAAUGACCUCGACCGACAUCAACCAAAUUUGACAAUCGACACGGAAACACACCAUGACAGCACACGCACUCGUGUACGGCGGCGCCGGAGCACUUGGUCGCGCUCUGGUUGGGCAGUUCCGGAAAUCACAGUGGGUAGUGACCUCCAUCGAUUUCACACCCAACGUCGACGCCACCCACAACGUCAUCCUCGACAUCUCCACCGCCUCCGACCUCGAAAAAUCCGGACUGGACGUUGAGAAAAAGGUGCUGGACGUAUGGAAGGGGGCUGAUGCGCCGAAGUUGGAUACGGUGGUGAAUGCGGCUGGCGGGUGGGCCGGCGGAAACCUUGCGGAUGAGGCAAUCUAUAAGAAUGUAGCGACGAUGCUGGGGCAGAGUGUCAAUUCGUCGGUUAUUGCGGCGAGGUUGGCUGGGAAGCAUUUGAAGGAAGGCGGUUUGGUCACAUUGGUUGGCGCGGCUGCGGCUUUGGAUGGCACACCAGGGAUGAUUGCGUACGGCCUCGCCAAAGCGUCUACUCAUCACCUCGUCAAGUCACUGGCCGGCUCUGGAAGUGGCCUCCCGACUGGAGCGAAAGCUGUCGCGAUCCUACCCGUCACGCUGGACACACCGAUGAACCGCAAGUUCAUGCCGGAUGCAGAUCACUCCUCAUGGACACCUUUGGACGCCGUGGCCAAGAGGGUGUACGGUUGGGCGGCUGGCGAGGAGACGCCCGACAACGGCGGCCUGUAUGUCGUCACGACCAAGGGAGGCAAGACGACGUUCGAGAACAAAGCUUAGAAUCUAUUCAGGCAGAAUCAUAGCUUCAACAUAUAGUCCCUCCUCA